GGGAUCAGAGUGGGGAGGAGAAGGUAGAAGGAACGAGGAGAAAAGACGGCUGUGGUAGGGGAAACGGCGAGAAUAGUAGAGUAGAGAAGCAGAGGCAGCGCGCUGAGCCACGAGGGGCUAUUCGAGCGAGAAGGGGAGGGGUGACAAGGAACCCUGGCGGGGAGGGGACGCGGAGGCCUUCGGGGGGCCGACCAACCAGACGGCCGAUGAUGUCAUCGGGGGAGGAGACCGAGUAUUUCGCCCCCUACGGAGCAACUACGGAAAGCAAGCAACAGCGACUCCAGAAGAAGCAGAAGCGCACCAGACAGCGCGUGGACGCCGGCGAGCCGCGCAACAACUACUCGAGUAUACCGCACUUCACCUCCCGGCCAUCCUUCCACGGUGGCGGUGGCCUGUACGGUUCUAUCUUCGGUGGCAGCGGACCAACACACCAACAGCAGCAGCAGCAACAACAACAACAACAACAACAACAACAACAAUCGCAGCAACAUCACCCGUCGCAAUCGCAAUCGCAGCAGCAACAACAACAACAACAACAACAGCUCCAGCAGCAACAAGCUGGAGCGGCAAGCAGUCAAGGUCAUUUAAGUACAGCUACGACGGGUCCUAGCACUCAGCAGCAUUCCGCCCACGCGGCUUUUGGCUUCUUCGGGGCACCGGGUUACGGCCCCGCCAAGAUGUUGAACGAGCUACUCGGACGACAGGUCAAACAGGCCAGUGACGCCGGUGGCUCGCCGCCAGAGGGCGGCCACGGGAUGACUGGUGCCGGCAUGGACCCCGCUGCCAAUUUGCAAUCCGGUGCAGUGGUUAAUUGCGACGAUCCCGCCACCGCCGAGCUCACGCAGCACAUGCUCCGCGAUAUACUCCAAGGGCGGAAAAUUUCCGCGCUCGCGCUGCAAGAACAGCCCAACAACAAUAACAGUAUACACAGCAACAACAACAACAACACCACAGCGGAUCUACUUAAAUCACAGCAGCAACAUCAUCAAAGUCCUCAACAGCACAACAACAACAACAACAACAACAACAACAACAGUGAUAGUGCACGUAGUGGUGCAGUGCAGAGUGGUGGGGAGGAGAGUGGUGAUGGAAAUAACGUCGUGAAUAACGCGAAUCACAGUGAUCGUGAUACCGUGAUGCCGGGCGAUGCUGAGGAUAGUGCCGAGGACGCAGCCGCGGCCGCACGUGCCAUGGAGGAGGCGUUCGCCGAAGCUGGUAUGGAGCCUGGAGCGAAUCUCGAUGGAUCCGAUUGCGAGCAGAGUUUACCACCUAGUCCCACGCAGCCAAGGUCAGGUUCCGUCUCCGUCAAGGAGGAGAUACAGGACUCGUUGAAUAUCAAACGGAGCCCUAGCCACUCCCCUUGCCCGAUCGUGCCCAAAACGGAGGCCAAUUCGCCGACCACGGAAACGAAACGCGCUCGUGUCGAGAAUAUCGUGAGCACGAUGCGCAGCAGUCCAGCCCUACAAACUGCCACGGUGAACGGUUGCAAGAAACGUAAACUUUACCAACCCCAGCAACAGACGGUGCACCAUGUCCUCCAGCACACCGUCAACGAUACCAUGAUGGACGACGAGGAGGAGAGCGAGGAGGAGGAUGAUCCGUCGACCAUCAGGCAGAAACGCGAGGAGAAGGAUAAUCUCCAGACCCAGCUGAAGAAAUUGCACGAACAAUUGGCAGUGAUGCAGCAAAAGUACAAUGAGCUUACGAGUAGAAUCGAUUCGGACGCGGGCGAAAGCAUCGGCGCUCCCCUAAGUCCUCAGCCACCGCUCAAACCACCGCAACCUCAUCCACCGCCGUACAACGGGCUCCCGGCCCUCCCCACCGAACACCCACACGCCGCGGCAGCCGCUAUGUAUCACAUGGGACAGAAACUCUACCUCGAACAGCAACAAGCCGCUCUGGAGAGGAUGAAGCAGCAUCAGGAGGCAGCUGUCAGGCAACAGCAGCAGCAGCAACAGCAGCAGCAACAACAGCAGCAGCAGCAGCAGCAGCAACACCAACGACAAAGUUCUCCGCCACCCCCUCCGAGUCAACCGCAGCAACAGAGUCAAAGCAAUACAGGGCCGUCCACGCCGCAAACACCACAAAUGCAGCCGGCGAGCACGCCUCUCCAGCACAAAGAAUUCCAGGAAAGGAUAAACGUGUUUAGAGGGGCCGCUGCAGCGGCUGGCACCUCGGGCCCCCACAUCACCGACGAAGAUCUCCAGAGUCUGUCCGACACGCUGAAAGCGGAGAUCACCUCGUAUUUGACGAAUCUGAUCGACAAGGUGGUGACGAGGUUCGUCCAACAGAGGAGGUAUCUUGGUAAACAGAGCGAGGCGGCGCAAGUUGCCGCCGAGCAAUUGAACAAGGAUCUCUUGUUGGCGAGCCAAAUACUCGAGAGAAAGUCGCCUAGGACGAAAGUAGUAGACAGAGGAGCGCCACAACCACCCGGUGGCCCAAACGGGCCACGGGGGCCCCACAAUGGCGGGCCCCCACCUCCACAGUCUACGGGUUUCCCGCAAAUCGCGUCCAUGGGUGGUGGACCCCAUGGUCCGCAUUCUGGCCCCACGGAAAACAAUCUUAAUCAAAUGAAUCAACUGCCCUCGCACGUGAGGGGCAGGAUGUUCCAGACACCGAAACCGCCAACCAUGUACAGCAUGGCCUCCAUGCAGGCGCAACAGCAACAGCAGCAACAGCAACAUCAACAGCAACGAGAGCAUCAACAGAGAGAGCAGCAGCAACGUGACCAAUAUUGCAACUUGAGGGGCGACGAGAGAGAAAGCAGGGACUCGGAACAGAACGAGGCGCUUUCCCUCGUAAUGACACCGAAAAAGAAACGCCAUAAGUAUUUCCCUCCGCAGGUGACGGACACGAGGCUGACGCCGAGGACGGUGUCGAGAAUCCUGGCGCAGGAAGGUGGUGGGUCGCAAGGAGGCAGCGAGAGUCCACCACCCCCGCCUCCACCGAGAUCGUAUCACCCGCCACCACCGAUGCUGCCAGUGUCCCUGCCAACGAGCGUAGCGAUACCAAACCCCAGUCUCCACGAAAGCCAAGUGUUCUCGCCGUACUCACCGUUCUUCAACCCUCACGCGGGUCACCCAGGCCAGGUACCACCUCCUGGCCCACAUCACCUGCCUGCCAGUCCUCCGGGUGGAGGUGUAGAUGUCAGGGACUCCCCUCCACUGCCCCACAUGCCAUUGCAUCCUGCCUUAUUGGCGGCUGCCCAGCAUGGCAGUCCAGAUUACGGACAUCUCAGGAUGGACAGCAACGAACGGCCCAACGACUGCAACUCCGACGACAUCAGCUACGACGGGAUUCAGCCUACAUCGUCGAUGCUAACACCGAUACAUCUGAGGAAGGCGAAGCUGAUGUUCUUCUGGGUCAGGUACCCGUCCUCGUCCAUUCUCAAGAUGUACUUCCCCGACAUCAGGUUCAAUAAGAACAACACAGCGCAGCUGGUCAAGUGGUUCUCCAACUUCCGGGAGUUCUACUACAUCCAAAUGGAGAAAUACGCGAGGCAAGCUGUUUCGGAAGGUGUGAAGAACGCGGAUGACCUACGAGUUGGGGGUGACUCGGAAAUCUAUCGAGUUCUGAACCUUCAUUACAACAGAAACAACCACAUUGAGGUGCCGAGCAACUUCAGGUACGUCGUCGAGCAAACGUUAAAAGAAUUUUUCAAGGCGAUUCAAGGUGGCAAGGACACCGAGCAGAGCUGGAAAAAGUCCAUCUACAAAGUGAUCUCGAGGCUGGACGACCCGGUGCCGGAGUACUUCAAGACCCCGAACUUCCUGCAGCAGCUCGGUUAAAUCAGGAGGUCGCGUGGCUCUUGCUCUUCGUGGUGCGCGGGCUCAUCAGCGCUCGUCGGCUCCCGGUAAUAACCAAGAAACCGAAAAAAGAGAGAGAGAGAGAGAGAGAAAAAGGAAGAAGUAAUAAUAAUAAUAACGAUAGCGAAUGAAGGAACGGUCAGCGAAAGAAGGAUCGCAUCCGCCAGGAGGUACACGUCCUUCGCGUAAAGCGCGUUCAGGUAUCCUUAAACUAACAUAUCGCAGAACGAGCGUGAGAGAGAACGUGAGAGAGAGAGAGGGAGAGAGAGAAAGCGAGAGAGAGAGAGAGAGAGAAACAGAGAAAGAGAGAAAGCGAAAGAGAGAAAGAGAGAGAGAGAGACAACUGAGAGAAAGUUAGGGAGAUUAGAGAAGAGGGAGGAUUACACACACACACACACAGCGUAGUUCAAGGGAGGAACGAAACGACACGACGAAACGACGCGACGUACGGAGGCAUCGAUCAUCAUCAAAUGGAACGAUGAGGAGUGCCGACGAAGGAUCAGGCUGUGACCUAAUCACGAGACAACAAGUGUCCACAAGCGGGAUAAUGGGUGGAUAAUUUAAUUCAAAUAAUAGCUUCGUGCCUUUAUUAAUAAUACCCGAUCGGGAUUCUCGAUCGGGACUCUCGAGUUACUAGCGAGGCCACGAACUGUCCACCCUAUCCCCGCACGUGGACGAACACACGCCCGACAAUUCGAGACGACAAGUCUUGAAAGGAGGAGGAGAAGAAGAAGAAGAAAAAGAAGAAGAAGAAGAAGAAGAAGGAGGAGGAGGAGGAGGAGAAGAAGAACGAGAACGAGGACGAAAGCGUGGUCAACGAACGGCAAGGAAUUUUACACACAACACAAAUAUAAAUAAUACACACAGCUAUAUUCGAGCUAUAUAUAUAUUGUCAACUAUAUAUAUUGUUUUCGAUUUGUUGCGUUACGCGAGUUCACCGAUUGAAAAUCGCCUAAUUUUUAAGUGGCAUACACAUACACGCGGUUUUCCCCCCUCCCCCCGAUUUAGGGGGGAGAGCAUUUUAAUAGGGGAGCGUAUAAUAAUAAUAAUAAUUAAUCCCGCGACGACGGGCGACGAGGGGGUGGCUUUCGUUCGAGCGAAACGUUGACGAGGUGUGCCUAUAUAACGAAAACGAUAUAUUAUAUAUAUACAUAUAUAUAUAUUUGUCCAUGUUUCUAGAAGAAGAGUGGAGAGACCGAUCGAUGAUGAUAAUUAUUAUCAAUAAUAAUGAUGUAUAUGAUGUGAUGGGCGAGAGAUCCGCUGGACGGAUCCUCCGCAGCUUCCCGUUGAGAGGCAGAAGAGGAACCCUUCUCGUGGAUCUUCCAAGAGGGGAACGGCUCGGAACGGACGGCGUCCAUGUUGCCCCUUCGUUUCGAGCCGUUUUCUAACAACUAGCUAACGGAACAACGAUGGCCAGUUUCACUCGGCAUUCGUCGAACUGUGUGUGUGUACCUCGUCGCGGUCCUUUUUUUUUCUUUUCUUUUCUUUUUCAUUUUUCAUUCUUUGCGUACCAAAAAAAAAAAAAAAGAAAAAAAAAAGAAAAAGAAAAAGCGUACCUCGCGAUUCGAUCGAGCGCACCACCCUCCUUUGAACGUCGUCUCGGUGGCGAUCAUAUAUUCUAUCGCGCGAUCACUGCAACAACAACACGCUCACGGGCUCAGGUUGAGCCUGGAUGAUUUUGUUGUUUCGUGAACAAGAUGUAUCGUAGAAUGGCGGUUCGUAAACGAAUCGACGGGAACGAAACCCAACGUUUUCUUUUCUCUUGAAUGGAAAUUUUUUUUUUUUUUUUUUUUCUGAUAUUAUUUCGCAAGCAAAAGUUAAACCACACCUGUGCGACGUGUCAUCAUCACGCGCACAGGUCGAUCAGGAUAUAUAAAUCAUUUUUCUCUUAAGUUGUACAUAUAUACAUAUGUUUCUCUUCUCUUUUGUCUUAGCACCAUGUCGAAGAACGCGUAUUUCGAAAUCUCGAAUAUGUUUUGAUUCUAUUCAACGAUAUUGAAAUUCGAAACAUCCGACGGUGAACAUUCCUAGCGGCGAUAGCUUCGUGAAAAAAUUCCAUGAAAUUCGGACGAGCGUGACGCUGGAAACGCGAUGGAACCCGGCGAUGCUCUGACCGAUGAUCGCGAAGCGAACGUCGAUUUAGCUUAGCAACAAAGAAAAAAAAAAAGAAAAGUAAUAGUAAUAAUAAUUCUCUGUCGUUGUAUUUUCUCUCGGCUCGAAAUUCGCUCGCCGACAGGGGAACGAAAACGGAAGAGAUCGUAACGGAGAGAGACCGCGUUUCAUUCGAAACGAGAAGAGCACGGUGCAAAAAAAAAAUUCGUAUUCGCGCGUAAAUAAGAUGAAAAGAAAAAAAAAGAAGAAAAAGAAAAAAUUACGUAGAGAUGUUUUUAUGAUUAACUGAUUUAAUUGAUAGUAUAUAAACGAGGUUUAGGCUAGUCGCAGUGACAGGAGUACGAGUAACAGGGACGACAACAGGGAGGGGCGAACGAACGCGUAAAAUGCACGAGAUAAUUUUAAACGAACUUAAACCGAGCACCGGCGAUUUUUAUUUUAUUUCGACGGGAAUGAAUGAACAGUCUCGAAGAGAUACUUUCAUUAGAAUUGGGAAAAGAAUCGAUAUGACAAAUUAUUAUAUAAUCAUCGAGUAAAGAGGGAGAGGUGGGGAGAUAUAUAAAUUGAUAUGAAUAAGAUGAAAAGACUAAACACUUCAAAAAUUAAUAGAAAAAGAAGAAGAAGAAAAAAAAAGAACAAUCCACGCCGGUGCGUAACUAUUUAAAGUAGAUUAUAUUUAAAAAAAAAAACAUAUAUAUAUAUAUAUAUAUACAUACAUAUGAAAAAUUGAAUAUAAUAUAUACAUAUAUAUAUAUAUAUGUAUAAUUAUAUAAAAUUACAUGUAUAUAUAUUAGGCAUAUAAAAACAAAAGACGGAUGUUGGCGCGAUUAAAAUUGCGUAAGGAAUGUGUGACAGAGGGUUAGACACCCACGCCUCCCUUAUUCCACUUGUACCCGACCUAUUGCACACGACACUCGCGCGCGUGCUCAUUCAAACACACACAUACACACACACACACACACACAGCACAUACUUUAUACGAUGUAUUACACCCGUUUUCACACGUUGUACAUUAUCACGUACACGCAUAUGAACACAAGCAAAUAGGGAUUUGAAUUCAUUGCAGAUAUUUAUGAUAUGUGUUCUCUUAAUAUGAACGUUUUCUUUUUUUUUUUCCACCCCCACUCCCACAACCGGUAUAUAAAUGGUGAUGUAGAUAAUUUACCGUGUAAUGAUUAUUAUAAUUAUACAUAUACGUCUCGAGUGGUAGCGAGCCCUUGUAAGUUAGUAACCUAAUUACUUUUUCACCCUUACUACCACUAUAAUUAUAGGUAUUACGUGCACUAUUAUUAUUGAAAUUAUUAUUAUUAUUAUUAUUAUUAUUAUUGAUAUUAUUAUUAUAUUAUUAUUAUCAGUACUAUUAUUAUUAUUAUGUUAUGUAUAUUAUAUGACGAUUUUGUUUAAAUCAUGAUUAUUAUAGUGAUUAUCGGUAAUCAUUGAUUCAAUUUGUUUGGAUUUAUGUAAUUAAUGCCCUGUUUCAACGCGAUGUUUUUCCUGUUCGUAAUUCCCCCCGCCCCCUAUUAAUUGCGUUCAUCAUUUUUAUUCUCCCGUUCUUUUGCCCGGAAAAGACGAAACAAACCCUCGUCUCCACGUCCUCCUCCUUUCUUAUUCAAUAAUAAUGUUUUCAUUAUUAGUUAUUAUUGUAUUUAGUUAUUGUAUCACGACGAUCAUUAUCCUUUAUUAUUAUCAUUAUUAUUACGAUUAUUAUUAUUAUUAUUAUUAUUAUUAUUAUUAUUAUUAUUAUUAUUAUUAUUAUUAUUAUUAUUAUUAUUACGAUUAAGUACGAGUUACACAGUGUGUACAUGGCAGAGAGGAAGAGAGGAAAUAAAAAAGAAAGAAAGAAAGAAAGAAAGAAAGAAAGAAAGAAAGAAAGAAAGAGACACACGUACGUACACGUAUACAUUAUACACACACGUUUCUGUAAGCGGUGAGUCUUAACCUAGUCACAAGUCACUAAUGUUUUUAAUUUUAAUCGAUCGAUUUAUUGAUUAUUAUUUUAUUUAUUAUUUACGAAGAAUAAAAACGAACUCACAUUGGA